GGGCAGCGGCGCUGUGAGGGGAGCGCAGGGAGCUGACUGUGAGGGAAACGGGAGGCAGCGGGACUGUGAGGGGAGCGCAGGGAGCUGGACUGUGAGGGGAACGGGGGGCAGCGGCGCUGUGAGGGGAACGUGGCGUAAAGGGGAGCGCAGAGAGCCGGACUGUGAGGGGAACGGGAGGCAGCGGCGCUGUGAGGGGAGUGCAGGAGCUGACUGUGAGGGAAACGGGAGGCAGCGGGACUGUGAGGGGAGCGCAGGGAGCUGGACUGUGAGGGGAACGGGGGGCAGCGGCGCUGUGAGGGGAACGUGGCGUAAAGGGGAGCGCAGAGAGCCGGACUGUGAGGGGAACGGGAGGCAGCGGCGCUGUGAGGGGAGUGCAGGAGCUGACUGUGAGGGAAACGGGAGGCAGCGGGACUGUGAGGGGAGCGCAGGGAGCUGGACUGUGAGGGGAACGGGGGGCAGCGGCGCUGUGAGGGCUGUGCGGGGGUGGGAUCAGGUCAUGGACGAGCACCGGCGCGAUCAGGGCUGUGAGGGAGGCACCGAGGUGGCUGGCCUGGGAAACUAUGGGCUGCGCGGCACACGGCACAGUGUGGGCAUGGAGGUGCUGGAUCGGCUGGCCCGGCAGCUGGCGGUGGCCGAGGGCUGGCGAGUGGACAAGCGGUGCUGCGCUGACGUGACCCUGGCCACAGCACACGGCCUGGAGCUGGUGCUGCUCAAGCCACGCAGGUUCAUGAACCUCAAUGGGCUCAGUGUUGCCAGUGCUGCUGAGAUCUACAGCCUUGGCCCUGGAGACAUUUACCUGGUUCACGACGACCUGGACAAGGCCCUGGGCAAGGUGGCAAUCAAGCUGGGAGGCAGUGCAAGGGGACACAAUGGGGUCCAAUCCUGCAUCAAUGCUUUGCACUCCAAUGAGAUGACCCGGCUCAGGAUUGGCAUCGGGCGGCCAGAGGGUGAUGUGACAGUGCCCAACUAUGUUCUGUCUCCGUUCAGUGCUGGGGAGCGGGAGAAGCUGGAGCAGAUCCUGGCCCAGGCAGUGACCUGCCUGUUGGAGCACAUCCAGAGCCGAGCACCUACAGAGCCAGGGGACAGGGGCUGACACAAACCCCCGGGGACCCUUGUGGCUGAUGGAAAGGUGCUGUGGGCUCUCGGGACUGACUAUGGUGCGGAGCAGAGCGCCCAGCCGGGCAGCCUGGCUGGGUGCUGGGACAGCCUCCUUCCAUCCCCACACCAAUCCAGGCAGCUCGUGUCCCACUCGUAUCCCUGCAGAGGCUCCAUACCUCAGUUUGGCACAGAAAUUUAAUAAACCCUCACCCUGAC